AUGCAUCGCCUGCUGUCGAAUCAGUUCCCGGACGAUCACUCAGUGUACCAUCACGAGGGUGGGGAGGGCGUGCAUAUCGACACCGAUGCACGGUCGCUGCACAAGACUGAGACUGAGCGACGCGGAGUGGAGAGCGAGACGAGCGAUGAUGACGUAGACGAGAAGACGGAAGAGGCGACACAUGGGGAGGAGACGACAUAUGAAGAGAUCCGGGGUGGGAUUCCGUAUGAACAUGAUGUGGAAGCGGGGCCGAAGUUGGAGAGAAAGAAGAGCGCGAAGUCUGUCAAGGAUCCAAACCUGAUAUCAUGGGACUCUCCCGAUGACCCGGCGAAUCCAAAGAACUGGAGUAUGAAGAGGAAGUGGGCGGCCACGCUGAUUGUGUCAUGCUUUACGCUCGUCUCGCCCAUCUCGUCGUCGAUGAUUUCUCCGGCUUUGCGGUCUAUUAGCGCAGAUUUCCAUAUAACACAGGAAGUCGAGGCGCAACUGACUCUGUCCAUCUUUGUGUUGGCUUACGCGAUCGGACCGUUGUUCCUGGGGCCACUGUCAGAGGUCUAUGGGCGUGUGCUUGUGCUGCAGCUGUCGAAUCUGUUCUAUUUAGCGUGGAACCUGGGGUGUGGGUUCGCGCAGAACAAGGGACAGCUGAUGGCUUUCCGAUUUCUGAGUGGUUUGGGUGGGAGUGCGCCGUUGGCUAUUGGUGGUGGCGUACUUAGCGAUUGUUUCCAUGCUGAGCAGCGUGGAAAAGCAAUUUCAAUAUACAGUCUCGCACCACUACUUGGCCCAGCCAUCGGACCCAUUGCUGGCGGUUUCAUCAGCGAGAACACAACAUGGCGGUGGUGUUUCUACUCCACCACCAUCUUCACAGCCAUGGUGCAAUGCUUCGGCGUCUUCUUCCUCCAAGAGACCUACGCCCCCAAGCUCCUCGCAUGGAAACGCGACAAACUACGCAAAGAAACCGGCAACACGGAACUACACACAGAAUUCGACAGCCCGGACCGCACCCUCCUCAAAACCAUCCAAAUCGCCAUGCAGCGCCCCUUCAAACUCCUCUUCACGCAGCCCAUCGUCCAGGUCCUGGCAGCCUACAUGGCCUACCUGUACGGCUUGAUGUACCUCAUGCUAUCGACCUUCCCCGGGCUCUGGGAGAACCAGUACGGCGAGAGCGUCGGCAUCGGAUCACUGAACUUCAUCUCCAUGGGCCUAGGCUUCUUCCUGGGAACGCAGAUCACCGCCCCACUCAACGACAUGCUCUACCGCCGCCUCAAGAAGCGCAACAACGGCGUCGGCAAACCAGAGUUCCGCGUCCCCAUCAUGAUCCCCGCGUCGCUGCUCGUCCCCACCGGCUUGUUCUGGUACGGAUGGAGUGCGCAGGCUAAGCUGCAUUGGAUUAUGCCUAAUAUCGGCGCUGCGCUUUUCUGCGGCGGUGUUAUCAUCGGGUUUCAGUGUAUACAAACUUACCUUGUUGACUCGUAUACGCGGUAUGCGGCUAGUGCUAUUGCGGCGGCGACGGUGUUGAGGUCGUUGGCUGGGUUCGGGUUCCCGCUUUUUGCGACGUAUCUGUUUGAUGCGUUGGGGUAUGGGUGGGGGAAUAGUCUGCUGGGCUUUAUUGCGUUGGCGUUGGGUGUGCCUGCGCCGUUUAUGCUGUGGAAGUUUGGUGAGACACUGAGGGGGAAGAGUAAGUUCGCUGCGGGUUGA